GCAAGGCCAGGUGAGCUAUGGUGCCCCCGCUACCUCUGCUGCUCCUUUUGCUGUUGGCCCCACAGGGGGGUCAUGGCUGCCACGGGAUGGAGCUGGACCGGGAGCUUGUCCUGGCCAAGGUGAAGGCCCUAUUCCUGGAUGCCUUGGGUCCCCCAGCAGUGACAGGGGAAGGUGAGGUUCCUGGAGGCAGGCGGCUGCCCCGAAGACACACUGCAGGGGGCUUCAUGCGCAGGGGCUCCAAACCAGAGGAGGAGGAGGAUGUCUCCCAGGCCAUCCUUUUCCCGGCCACAGGUGCCAGCUGUGAGGACGAGGCAGCUGCUGGAGGGCUGGCCCAGGAGGCCGAGGAGGGUCUCUUCACGUAUAUGUUCCGGCCAUCUGAGCACUUGCGCAGCCGCCAGGUGAUUUCAGCACAGCUGUGGUUCCACACCGGGCUUGACAGGAAGGCCUUAGCACCCUCCAAUAGCUCCAGGCCCCUGCUAGACCUGCUGGUGCUGUCGUCUGGGGGUCCCGUGGCUGUGCCUAUGUCCUUGGGCCAGGCUCCCCCUCGUUGGGCAGUGCUACGGCUGGCCGCCUCUGCUCUCCCUUUGCUGACCCACCCUGUCCUGGUGCUAUUGCUGCGCUGUCCACUCUGUUCCUGCUCUGCCCGGCCUGAGACCACGCCCUUCCUCAUGGCCCACACUCGGGCCAGACCAUCCACUGGUGGAGAGAGAUCCCGGCGUUCAACUCCCCCAAUGCCCUGGCCUUGGUCUCCUGCUGCCCUGCGCCUGCUGCAGAGGCCUCCAGAGGAGCCCGCUGCCCACGCUUACUGCCACAGAGCUGCACUCAACAUCUCCUUCCAGGAGCUGGGCUGGGACCGGUGGAUCGUACACCCUCCCAGUUUCAUCUUCCACUAUUGUCACGGUGGCUGUGGGCUGCCCACUCCACCAGACCUGCUCCAGCCAGUCCCUGGAGUGCCCCCUACCUCCGUCCAGCCCCUUACUCUGGUGCCAGGGGCUCAGCCUUGCUGUGCUGCUCUCCUGGGAACCAUGAGGCCCCUACACGUCCGCACCACCUCAGAUGGAGGCUACUCUUUCAAGUAUGAGACGGUGCCCAACCUUCUCACACAACAUUGUGCUUGUAUCUAAAUGGGUCCUGCUUCCUUAUGGGUCCUGCCAAGCACCCACCAUCGUCAGCUGGGAGGAAGGAAGAGUGUGGAAAACUGGUGGUUCUUACUCCACCUUCAACUUCUCUGCCUCAGGGCUCCCCAUUCCACUCGUGUCCCAUGGGUACCACAUGACAAUAAAGAACACAGUGCAUACAACUUGGCA